AUGAGGGAUAAGUCGCCUAUGAAUGUUCAGGAUUUGGUUAAAGUCGUGGAAACCACCAUCAGCACAACAGAGAAAAAGUCUCUGCAUGGCCGCCACCGCAUUGAGCUUGGACUUUUCUUGCAGCUCGCACGUCUCACAACAAACCGACCGCAGGCCAUACUUAAUCUGCGAUACCCUCAUAUUCAAGUAAGCCUCCUACGCGAUCCACGAGGUGGCCCACAUCGCAUUGUGAUUGAAUUUACUUUCGAGUUCACGAAGGACUGGCUGGGUGCCAAGGACGCGAACAACUAUAUUCUACCAGAAAUCAUCUUCAAUCCUUCGUUGGUUCUCAGUCCUCAUGUAUUUUUGUUAGACCGUCUAUUCGCCGAUCGUGCAUUUGACCGCGUUGACGGCAAAGAAGUACUUGCUUCUGCAAGUCAGCUUCCCCAGAUCCAAAUUCGCGAAGAGUGUAGUGGGCUAAAACUACAAAUCGAACCCGGAAUGGAUGAUGUCCCUGUAUUACGGACGUCGGAGAAGACCUUGAACGGGACUGGCAUCUCUCCUGCUAAACUUCUUCCUUGCUCAACCUUGGAACCAUGGGUCGAGAAGAUGGGAGAGAAUACAAGUAUACGGAAGGCGACACUUCCAUAUAGUCUAUGCUAUGGAUCCGUAACCGCUCUAGAUAGCAGUUCUAUGAAUGAUUCAAGACACAUUCUUGUCAUGCAUCAUGCCGAUAUCAGAACCUUCCUGGAACUUUACCUUGGUGAAAGAAUCUCAAAUAGAUUGCCUACGAUAAUUCACGGCCUUGAUCCGGAGGGUGAUCUUAUGCGUGCAGCCUGCCGAAUGAGUCGCACUGUGGAUCUAAAUCGUCCACAGAGGCCGACUACCGAGCAAACAUUCUCUCUAAAUCAGCUGAAAGUGGUUAGAAAAUUGAUACGCCAGCGUGAUGAGAUCGUUCGACCCUUUCAAAGCCCCGGUCAAAGCACAAAGAACACCUAG